AUGCCUACCCUCACUUUGCUAACUAACGUUAAGCUUGCCGAUCCCAAGGCAUUCGCGCUCGAAUUCUCCAAGCUCGGCGCAGAGACCUUAGGGAAGCCUGAGCUCUACAUCUCCGUCAGCUACACCUACAACGAAACCCUAACGUUCAACGGAUCCUUCGCGCCGGCGUUCAACUUGUCAAUUAAAUCGCUUGAUAAUAUCAACCACGAAGUAAAUGAGCAGUACAGUAAGGUGCUGUUCAAGUUCUUGGAGGAUAAGUUGGGCGUACCAGGAGAUAGGGGCUACAUUGAAUUCGUUGAUCCUGGACGGGUGAACAUGGGGUACAAGGGAACGACCUUUGGAACCAUUUUCGGGAAGAAGUGA